AUGACUUCCUCAGGGCACAGAAACGAAAAUGAGAGCUCUCAUGACUCGAAUCUUCAAAGCGAUGAAGCUUCACCAGGACGGGCUGUUCUGGUCGCCUGCAUCGCGAUCACUUUCAUCACGGGUAUGACGCUGAGACCUCUGGGUUUUUACUUCGUCAACUUCAUUUCCCAUUUCGAGAGCGCAAGAGAACCGGUCGCAUGGGCGGUGAGCUUGACGUCGGCGUCCGUCCUCUUUGCAGGCGUCCUGCCAAAGUUGCUCCUCCGUUGGUUCUCAGCAAGGUCGUUAAUGAUCAUCGGCAGCCUCUGUCAAGUGACUGGCGUCUUUUUCGCUUGCAUGGCUCCAAAUGUGUACAUGUUGGCCCUGUCCUUUGGAUUCCUACAUGGUAUUGGUGCCGGUCUCGUAUUCAUUCUCUGCGGGACAUUAAUCGAGGAACGCUUUAAGGAGAAUCGCGCACUUGUGAUAAGACUUAACGUGACAGCUUCAUGUGCUGCUGGUAUCGCGUUCCCACGCCUACUCCUGUUCAUACAGCAGACCUACGGCUACAAGGGGCUGAUGCUUAUAUCUGCCGGAUUACUCCUGAACGUCCCCGCCUUAUGUUUUCUGCUCAGGCAAUCCAGAGAGAAUGAUACAAACCACAACAUACCACAACAAUCGCGGUCGGAAGUCUUCACGAUAAAGCCACAGAACUCCAAUCUCAUCCAGAGCGGCGUCCAAUGCCAUCGAAAGACCAUCUUCAAGUUGCCUGUGUUCUACUUCAUCGCUGCCUCGCACCUCACCUUCUUCUACAUUAUUAACCUCUGCACGUGCAUAAUGGUGGACACUAUAUUGAGCAAGGGUGUUCCUGUAGAAUACACGAUCACUGUGGCCCCUGCAGCAACCGUGUUCGACUGGAUCGGUCGGAUUGUUUUCCCCAUUGCUACGGAGAAAGGCUACCUUAGCCGGUCAUCCCUGCUGACAAUUGACUACCUUGUUGUGGGCCUAGGAUUGCUUAUGAUCCCUUUCGCCUAUAAUUAUUGCACGGUCCUGGCAACGUGUGUUAGCUUUGGAGCUUUCAGUGGUCACGCCAUCACUGUUCACAGUUCAUUAAUGACUGAGAAGAUUGAAGCCGAUCAAGUAGCCCUAAGCAACGUCAUCGUCACGAGCAUCGCAGCUGCGACGUUUCUUACAAAGCCGUUCGUUAUAGGACACUUCAGAGAUCACCUCGGGUCCUAUGACGGCCUUUUUCAUAUAGUCGGUCUUGUGACUCUCGGCAACGCUGGAGCGUGGUUGGUGGUGAACUGUCUUACGCGGCACCUGAAGAAAAGAACGUGGAUGACGGCCAACUCUCAAAUCAGACACUACAAGGAUCCUGUGCUAACUAAUUACCAGUCCUGUUUUUUCACGACCAUGAUGGCCGAGUAG